AUUGAUUCAUAGACCUAAUUUCAGUUCCUCUGCUCUCUCUCCCAAUCUCUCCGCCGGCGGGAAAACCAUGUCGCACUUCGGAAGGUCAGGUCCACCGGAUAUCAGCGACACCUACUCACUUCUCGUCCUUAACAUCACCUUCCGUACGACUGCUGAUGAUCUCUAUCCUCUAUUCGCAAAGUAUGGAAAGGUCGUUGAUGUCUUUAUUCCCAGAGAUCGAAGGACUGGUGAUUCGCGUGGUUUUGCGUUUGUUCGGUAUAAGUAUAAAGAUGAAGCUCACAAAGCAGUGGAAAGGCUUGAUGGAAGAGUUGUUGAUGGCCGAGAGAUAACUGUUCAGUUUGCGAAAUAUGGGCCAAAUGCUGAAAAGAUUUCCAAAGGAAGAGUUGUGGAACCACCACCAAAGUCACGAAGAUCCAGAAGCCGUAGUCCUAGGAAGAGUCGUAGUCCUAGGAAGAGUCGUAGUCCUCGGAGGAGCCGUAGCCCGCCUAGACGCCGUAGUCCUAGAAGAAGCCGCAGUCCCCGUAGGAGGUCCCGAGAUGAUUACAGGGAAAAAGACUACCGGAAGAGGAGCAGGAGCAGAAGCUAUGAGAGGCGUGAAAGGCAUCAGGAGAAGGAUAGAGAUCAUCGUCGUCGCACUAGGUCUCGUAGUGCCAGCCCAGAUGACAAACGCAGAGUCAGAGGCCGUUAUGAUGAUGAGAGCCGCAGUCACAGUCGCUCCUUGAGUGCAUCUCCUGCUCGCCGCAGCCUCAGCCCUAGAAGUUCAUCCCCACAAAAAACCUCUCCUCCUACAGAAGUUUCUCCUGAUAAACGUAGCAAUGAGAGGUCUCCAUCUCCUCGUCGCAGCCGCAGCCCAAGAAGCCCUUCUUUGCAAAAGGCCUCUCCUUCUAAGGAGGUGUCUCCUGAAAGGCGUAGCAAUGAGAGGUCCCCGUCUCCUGGUAGCCCUUCUCCCUUGGGCAAAGUUGAUGCUGCUUCUCGAAGUCAAUCUCCUUAUGCUGCGGAAUGACUGCAGCCAAUUGCGAAGGAGACAUGGUGUAUGAAAAACAUGUUUGCUUGUACUGAUGAUGUUUCAUCAUCAAGCACUGGAACGUCUACCCUCUGUAGUAUUACUUGCUUUCCUCUGGUUCGAGAAAAGAAUUGAGUGGGAUGAUGGCACAACCAUGUUGAGAUUGUAGCUGUUGAUGCUGUUUAUGAAACUGUAGAUGAUCGAUGCUGUUUAUGAAACCGUAGAUGAUCGAUGCUGGUCACAGCAAUCUGCUUAAACUCCCCUUCCAUACAUAGUAGCUCCUUUGUGUCUCUAACUUGUUGCCCAAUGCUUACUUAGAAGGGCCUGGUUCGUUGAGUUUU